UACCUCAAAACCAAAAUGCGAGCAGAAAGCAAUCAAUCCGGUACGCACUAGAUCAUUAAAGAGGUACUGAAGAGUGGAUAUUGAGAGUUGGUAUGAAACCGAUAAUUCACUAUUUCUAUUCUUUGCUAAAUGCCGCUUUAUUUACUUUGACUAACGUAUUGGAACAAAAACUAGAUUCAGAAACACUAUCUCGCCAAAGGGAUUACCACAUGACAGCAGACUAAUUUUUACCUCUGAGAACUGAUGGUAGUUUGUUUGAUCGUUUCAAUAAAGGAUUCAAGAGCGCUCCAUACCUUGGUAUCCCAAUGGAUUAACUUGAGAAGGCAGUCAGCGGAAAGCCAAGACAUGCCGCUUCCUAAGCAUACAGUUCAACCAGUUAAGCUAAGUCAGGUGGUUGUACCAAAUGGUGUAGACAACGAGUUAGAGUUCGUCGUUAAUUCAACGGUGUGCAAUGUUAUGCGGCAGAUAGCGUCAAUUAGUCGGCUAGCUAAUAAUAUGUUUGAAGAACUCACUAAUGAUUUGUCUCGACUUGUUGAAAGAACUGCUCGUCUACAGAAUCGUCUAGGUAAACUUCAUGAAGAUAUGCAGAUGGCGCGUAAUGGUGAUGAAGAUCUUACAGCUGGAGUCCAGGAAGUGGAACUGCCAGUCUUCACAAGUAAAAAGCCAACAGAUAGUCAAGUUUUGAAUAGAAAUACAAUACCUCCUUCAAUGCAAUCACAUUAUGAUCAGGCUGAACCAGCUCCUGCACUUCAACAGAUGGAUGCUCUUAGAGAUGAUAAAAAAAUCAGUAUGAAAUUAUACUCAGAUCCAAGCUUCUUCUUCGAUUUAUGGAGUCAAGAGAUGUUACAAGAUCCUAAGCAUAAAAGAACUGCAAAGAAAAAACGACCAAAAGUCAAAGCGAAAUCUACUGUUAAAAAUACAUCGAAUCAUCAAGCCGUGCAGAAGCCUCAGCUGGUCAUUCAACAACCUGGAGUUGGUGGUUUUAAUAAUAGUAAUGAUAAUAAUUCUUCAUCAAUGCAUGAUCAGAACACUUCACUGAAUGCCAAUUUACAGAUGAUGGUGGAUAGAGAUAACGCCGCUAUCCUUUACGGUAAACCACCAGGUCAACUACAAUUCCCUAAUAAUAAUAAUAAUGCCAAUUUCGGGAAUGUUCCACUACCGCCGCCACCACCUCCACCUCCACCACACCCAGUUGUCGCCCAGUCAAUGCAAGUAGAGGAUGGUGUAGAUAAGCGAGGGGAUUAUCAAUCUGGCAGACAGGUCUACGAUGGUAACAAUCAGUUUUCAGUCAUAAAUAGUCAUAUAAACGGUAGUCAUGAUCCUACAUCGAAUCAUCAGGUCACCCUACCGGAGCCCCCUCCUACACUUCCCGUACAAAUUCCAACGCCGCAUACUAUACCUCCACCACUGCCACCUCCAGCCUUCAUGAAUGAAUGUGAUCUAAAAAAUGCAGGUGGUUUCAACAAAAAUUCAUUUGCUAACAGUGAUAAUUCUUGUAGAGAUAUUUCUUCACAAAAUGGAAGUUGUGCGCUUUCAUCAUCCAUGCACUCGCAAGAUACUCAGAUGAGACAAUCUCAAUAUGGCAAUGGUGGUGAUAUUAUGGAGUCGUCGUCGCUGAUGUUGAAUGAUCUGCCUCCGCCUCCUGCACCAAUUUUCGCCGAUAAAAAUUUAUAUGAAUCAUCGCAUCCUCAUAAUAGUGGAGAUAUCAACGAGUCUGAACAAACUGGUCCACUGCCUCCACCAGCAGCACCCGUCUCGUUCCCAUCGCCGCAGACUUCUCUUCCAAGUCCACCUGUUCAAUCACCCCAGGCGCCGGUACCCCCACCCCCACCACCUCCUCCACCACCUCUGCCUCCAUUUAUGGUGCCUCAAAAAUCAACCUCUGAAGUUACAAGGGAGCAUCAAAUAUCAGUGCCGGCAAAUAAGGACACUGCUACACGAUGUGCUGUUAUGCCUCAAUGCCCGCCUCAGGAUUUACUUUCUGCUAUACGUGCUGGUUUUCAAUUACGCAAGGUGGGUGAACGAAAUCCACCUGAUCCAUCAAAAUCGAGUCGUGCAAAUAGUCUGUCGACUUUAGGCAGUAAACCGAAGGAUGUACAAGCAAUCUAUGAAGCUGUUCGACGUCGUCGAGAAUGCAUGGAGAAUUCCUCUGACGAAGAUGAUGACAAAGACGCCAAUAGUGAUUCUUCUGGUUGGGAAGAUUAACUUCUUACGUAUAUAUAUUUAAACAGGUAGAUAGGUAUAACAAAUUUAUUUUGGUUGGUGUUCACUCUUCGCCAUCUUCUAAGUCAUCAUGAUUUCCACCUCCGACCUCUGUUCCUUCUCUUUUUCUCUGCAGGUGUAUAAUCAAAUGUCCCCUCUCAACCCCACUUGUUUUUGUUUUUGUGUUGUUUGAGUUUUUGCCACCUCUCUCUCUCUCUCCUUAUGUCUUUCGAUAAUUUUAUGGUUUUUGCUUGCAUUUUCGUUUUACAUGUAUAUAUAAAAAUGCGCAUUAUAUAUUUGUUUUUCAGGGGAGAUUUUUGCUUCUUUCUUUUCUAUUUAGUCACUUCCGGUAACAUCAUUCAUUAACCUGUGAAAUCAUCUGUCUGUCUGCCUGUCUGUCUGAGUGUGUGCUCUGUGUAUGUGAGUGAGUGUGUACUUUCGAGUUUCACUUCCUCCCAUUUCGAUUUUAUCGCUUUUCUUCUUCUUUUUCCUAUGACGAUAAAUAAUUCCCGGUUUUUUUAUUCUAUUGUGAAUCAUGUGAAUUGCGCGAUCUCAUAUGUCACAAUUAUCGGAACCAUACUACUCUCUAUACUACUUGCUUUCGGUUUUAUCGUUUUCAGCCGUGUUACCUUCGUAACCUUAUGCUUUUGGUGAUGAUUAUUUACUGUUCUGCUUAUUGUGCGGGGUAUUGUUCUUACUCUGAUCACUACUCCCCUCUCCCUCGGACGAAGACUCCUCUAAUGAAGAAGUGUGUGGGCUCUAUUCGAAAACACCCAGUGCUUGACCAACUAACUACAUGAUUGUGAUAUGAAAUUAAAAAAAAAAUUAAUUUUCAAUUGUUUAACAAACAAAAAUCACAAUAUCCAAUUGAGACAGCAAUGAAUAUAUUGCCUUUUCGAUAAAUUCCUCCUCCCCUUCUCGCUCUACAAUUAUAUCUACAUAUGCAUGUUUAUAUACACAGAAUAUUCUAGAUUAGCAGUAGUCAAUAACAAUAUCGGCGUGUUUUUUAAGUAAUAUCGAUUUGUAAAGUAAGAUCACAAUGGAAUCACCAACACAGUUCAUUAAAGAUGCUUAAAUAAUAAUAAUCAUAAUAACAGAUAUAUAGUAGCAAAUAAAAUUAGGAAAAUACCACAAACAUUCAGGAUCAUUCAAACGUAGAUGGCCAAACGGGUAAGGAUAAUGUCUGAACCAACUAACUUCUUUUGGAUGCAUAAAUUAGGCUUGUUAAUAUGGAUCCCAACAUGGCCAGCCAGUUUGAGCAAUAUUUAGUAGUCGAACUACUGUUAAGGCGAAAUGGAGUUUUGUUGGUAUUCGGUAGGUAAAUGACCCUGAAAGCCGCCUGGUUAACAUCAAUCAAUCAGUUUUGUGUUCCUUUAUCCACAAGAUGAGUGAGAUAGAAUAGCGCUGAAAAUAGAUUUUGUUUGUCCUUUGCUUAACCAACCACUGUGCAGGGUGAUGUCGGGAAAUUUGACGAGAAACACGCCUACUUGUAAGGCUGAUGCAAUUAAAUGGCUCACUGCACAGGAGCAGUUCAGUUGGUAGAUACACACACAUGGAAGAGGUGAAAUUAGGCAGUUGGUCUUCUACUCUCGAACGAACGCAAGCGAGGAGUGGUUUUAAAGACACAGCGUGAUUCGGCAGCAGCAGGGAACGCUCUUUUUACAGCAUUCCUAAGGCACUGUGUCAGUAUCUCGCUGAUGUUGUCUCCAAGGCACUGUAUUUGGAAGAAUAAGGCCUUUUUGGGAACUGUUAGUGUUGUUUUCUUAUAUCUGUGUGACUGGUCGGGUGGUUAACUAAUGGCAUUGAAGAAAGCAAGAACCACAGUUUUUGUGCAGAACAAAGUUGUACCAUCAUUGCUUAUCUCGUUGCCCUCUCGUCAGCUGCUUACAGGCCAAAGACAUUAUUAAAUAUAUCUACAAAAACAAUUUUAACAUACUAGCACAGAGUUCAUUUGAAACAAAAACCGAUCAAUAUAUGCAUACAGUAGUAUAUAUAUAUAUAUAUAUAUAUAU